CGGCGAACGCCGAGGCGGCGGCGGCGGAGGAGGCGGCGAGCGCGGGGCCAGCGCGAAAGCCCCGUAUUUCAAUUACGAGCCCCACGAAUAGACGGAGUGCGGAGAAGCUAAGAGGAGUUGGAUGAGCAAUUUGGGCCACACCUUGGGAUCCGGAACACCCGAGAGAUGGCUUAUCCCGUUCCGGCAGCGUGUUAUGUGGUGCUGGCCACAGCGGUGGUAGUUUAUGCUCAGAGGCACAGCCAGCAGGAAUCCCACAUUCACUACGCACAGCUGGGGACUGACGUGACGAUACAGUGCGGGUCUGUGGACCAGGACGCGGCGGUCACCUGGACGGCCAACAGCACUGACCUUGACCCUUCCCAUCUCAAUGGUUCACGCCUCAUCCUUCGAAACGUGGACCUCUCCCACAACGGCCAGUACUCCUGCUACGAAGGAACUUCGUGGCAUCUCAAGUAUCGGGUCAACCUGAAAGUAGGAACGCCACCCAAGGAGCCCACCUUGAUGUGCCGAUCCAAUAAUUACCCCAACGGGUUCUACUGCAGUUGGCAUCUGCCGAGCCCAACCUACAUUCCUGACACCUUUAACGUCACUGUCAUACAUGACAACAAGGAGAUAGUGUGCGAGAAGGAUGCUUCCCCCAAGAACAGGUGUUACAUUCGGUACCAUCACCUCUUCUCCUCCAAGAGGUACAAAGUGACUUUGACCGUCACGAACGCCCUGGGCAGCAGCUCAAGCUCCAUCUCCUUUGAUGAAUUCGCGAUAGUAAAGCCGGACCCUCCGGAGAACGUGGUGGCAAAGCCCGUCUCGAACAACGCCCGGAGGCUGCUGGUGACGUGGCAGUACCCUUCCUCAUGGCCUGACCCCGAGUCCUUCCCCCUCAAAUUCUUCCUGAGGUACCGGCCGCUCAUCAUUGACCAAUGGCAGCAUGUGGAGCUGUCGGAUGGGACGUCCCACAUCAUCACAGAUGCCUACGCCGGCAAAGAGUACAUCAUCCAGGUUGCCGCCAAGGACAAUGAAAUUGGCACGUGGAGCGACUGGAGCGUGGCAGUACACGCCACCCCCUGGACUGAGGAACCCAAGCAUCUCACCACAGAGGCCCAAGGAGCAGCAGAGACGACAACCACCAGCACCUCGGCGUUUGUGGUGCCCCCCACCACCAGGAUCUACAACUCAGACGAGCAAGGCACCGACGGAGCCGUGGCACUUUCCGUGGUGGUGGGUCUGGUACUGGUGGUGUUCAGCAUCCACUUUAUUUAACUCGGCCUCAGAGCCCCACCAAGGAGGUCACCUCCUCGCCGGAACGUCUGUCUUUGCUUCUGUUUUGCACAUGGCGUGAAGGACGUAGCCGCGUUUCUCUUCAUUGCUUCACUUCCUGGAAGGAUGAGUCCUCUGAGACAAAGAGACCCCCGUCUCCACCCCACCCCCCACGCGCCCCGC